ACCGCAAAGCAUUCGGCGUGGCUGGAUUUUUAAUAGAAGAAGAAGAAGCUGUUGUGUGAUUGGUUGUUACAGUCACGUGCUUUUUGAAUGGGAACAGGAAGUAAGCCGACGAGCAAGACUGUAGCUAGCGAGUACGUCGUUGCAUUAUGUAUACAAGCAAUUGAAGGACGCUACUCAUAAUUACACUUAUAUAUAUUUAUGUAUAUUCAUAUUGUAAUCGACUGAUUGACAUGACGUUCAAAGUCUGACACAGAUUCCGCACGUGACCUUGUAAUAAACACCUGUCCGAGGAGGAAUCAGUCUGAUGAGGGGGCACCUACAGCUGUCAGGAUGCAGCAGAAAAGGAACAUCCAGAUCAUUGAGUGGGAGGACCUCGACAAAAGGAAGUUCUACUCCUUCGGGGUGUUCAUGACGAUGACCAUCCGGGCCACCGUCUACCCGGCCACGCUCAUCCGCACCCGGCUGCAGGUGCAGAGGGGCAAAUCCCUCUAUGGCGGCACCUUCGACGCCUUCUUCAAGAUCCUGCAGGCGGAGGGCGUCCGGGGCCUGUAUCGCGGCUUCAUGGUCAACACCUUGACGCUCAUCUCGGGCCAGGCUUACAUCACCACCUACGAGCUGGUGAGGAAGUACACCUCCCAGUACUCCGACAACAACACGGUCAAGUCACUGGUGGCGGGCGGCUCGGCCUCCCUGGUCGCCCAGAGCAUCACCGUUCCCAUCGACGUCGUCUCCCAGCAGCUCAUGAUGCAGGGCCUCAAGGGAGGGGAGCACCUCACGCGCUUUCAACUCGAUUCCGACGCGGGAAAGUCUAAGAAGGUCUUCGGCCAAACCAGGAGCAUUAUGGCUCAGAUCUUUGCUGCCGAUGGUUUGCGUGGCUUCUACAGGGGAUAUGUUGCUUCUCUACUCACUUACAUCCCAAACAGUGCCGUCUGGUGGCCUUUCUAUCACUUUUAUGGAGAGCAACUCUCUAAACUGGCUCCCAGUGACUGCCCCCAUCUCAUUCUACAAGCCAUAGCUGGACCUCUCGCGGCUGCUACUGCCUCAACCGUCACCAACCCGAUGGAUGUGGUCCGAGCCAGAGUGCAGGUCGAAGGCCGGUCUUCGGUCGUGGAGACCUUCCGGCAGCUCCUCAGAGAGGAGGGCUGCUGGGGGUUGACCAAAGGACUGUCGGCGCGCAUCAUCUCCUCCACGCCCACGGCCGUCGUCAUGGUGGUCGGCUACGAGACGCUGAAGAAGCUGAGUUUGCGCCCGGAGCUGGUGGACUCGAGACACUGGUAGACCCCCGCGGGACCACGUUUCAGCCCCCGAAGGACUUCCCGUUGAAAACACUGGAGGAAAGAGGUUUAUUUACAAUGACGACUUACGGGUACACACUGACAUCGCUUACACCAGACGCGGAGCAUGUUUUACAUCCACAGGGAAAUAAGUAAAUAAGAUCACGUUUCAGCACGGUUGCCGUGGAUACAAGUGGACUUGAUGGUUGUUUGUGCUGAAACAAAUCUUUGUUUUCUCUUUAACCGGCUUUCUGUGUCUUUUGAUCUUUUAACUUCUGGCCUUUUUUUCUUUUUCUUUAAAUCGCUGCCUUCAUCGUGUGAUCGAGACCGACGAGAUCAGCUUUUUUUGCUUUUUGUUUAAAUUUUGGAAGAAAAGAAAAAAAGUAGGCGUCAAGACGUUGUUCAUCAUGUUUAUCAGCUCUGCGCUGUCGGUAUGUUUUAUUGACCCUUCGCUAAGUCCCGCCCCUCGAGCGCCGAUUGGCCAAUCCUAGCCCAUCAUUAACUAGCACGUCUGUCUAUAUAUAUAUAUCCACAUACUUAAAAACACACGUUGUAGAUUCUUCUUUCCCCAAAAAAGUCAGCUAAUAUGUAUUCAGGAAGUGCAGUUAGUGACAGUGUGGGCUCCAUGGUAACGGAGCUCUGAGUGCGGGAGGGGGCGGGGCUUCGCGAAAGGGUCAAUUAACAGAGUCAAAAUAAACAACCAUGCAGAACGGUGUCCACGUACGGAACAAUAUUUAAUCCUAAUUUCUGUAACAUACUUGCGUGCUGUGGAAAAAUAUUUCAGCGAUUUUUAAACGGGUGAAUAAAUGAAUUUAGAAGUAAACGGUGAAACUUUACGGCACAACGUGUGAUUUGUGUCUUUUCUGGUUAAUUGUGUAAAUAAUGCGUCUUCGGGGAAUUUAGUUUCUUUUUGUUUUGGAGGAUUAUGACCACAGAAGAAGUUUCCCCCGACUUUAUUGUGUUCAAGAGUUUUCCUUUGUAACUUAAGCUUUUGAGGAAAAGGUGAAAAUAAAAUUGUAUUAAGUUUUAAAAAUGAGAUAUUAUAUCUAGAUAUUAGAAGUUGCUUCUGUGUAUUUUUUUACUUAUCAGAAAGGGUGAAUGUUUUACAUAAUUACAAAAGUUACACAUUUAACAAUGAACUCAUUUAAAUUUAGACAUUAAAGUACAAAAAUAAAAGAAGAGUUUUUCUUG